UGAUCCUAUCAUCUCCUCGUAUAAGAACCCUUUCCCUCUCCCUUUCGCUCCCAUCAAACGCAAACUCUCACAACCAAAACCAAAAACGCAACCUUUGGAACAGCGCUAACGCACAAAAUCAUGGCGGCGACUGUCUCGUCUCCUUGGGGCAAACCCGGCGCGUGGGCUCUCGAUGCCGAAGAACACGAAGCUGAGCUCCAACAACAGGAUCAAAACCACGGUGAUUCUUCCUCCGAAAAGCACGCGGAUUUCCCUUCUUUAGCCACCGCUGCCGCCGCCAAGACCAAGAAAAAGAAGAGCCAAACCCUAUCUCUCGCCGAAUUCACUACCUACGGCGCUGCUAAGCCUAGUGAGCCAACCCGCCUCACUCACGAGGACCUCCUUGUACUCCCCACCGGCCCUCGCCAACGUUCCCCGGAGGAACUCGAUCGUAAUCGGCUCGGUGGCGGUUUUAAGUCCUACGGUUCGAACAGAUACAAUUCCAACGGCGACGAUUCGUCGAGUAAUGGUAGAUGGGGAUCUUCUAGGGCUUCGAAUAGAGAUUCCAAUAGAGAAAUUGCACCGUCACGCGCUGAUGAGAUCGAUAAUUGGGCAUCGGCUAAGAAAUCGACUUCCACUGGAAACGGAUUUGGUGGUGGAUUUGAAAGGAGAGAAAGAGGAGGAGGAGGAUUUUUUGAUUCGCAAUCAAAAGCCGAUGAAGUAGAUAACUGGGCGGCUAAUAAGAGUUAUAAAAGCGCCAAUGAGGCACCGCCACGGAGAUUUGGUGGGGGUUUUGAGAGGAGAAGCAGUUUCGAUUCGCUUCAAUCGAGGGAUUCACCGAGGGAUUUGGAUAAUUGGGGAAAGAAAAAGGAGGAGAGUGGCAGUGCUGGUAGUGGUGGGGUGAGGCCAAGGCUUGUGCUUCAGCCACGUACUGUGACCGAGGAGGGUAAAAAGGAGGCGACUUUGGCAAAGCCCAGAGGGGCAAAUCCUUUUGGCGAGGCAAGGCCGAGAGAGGAGGUGUUGAAGGAAAAGGGGAAAGAUUGGAAGGAGAUUGAUGAGAAGCUGGAAGCUGUGAAGAUUAAAGAGACAGUUGCGGUUACAGAGAGAGGAGAGAGAGGAGGAAAGGUCAGUUUCGGGAAUGGGCGUGCCCCGGUGGAAAGGAGCUGGAGGAAGAGUGAUUCUGUUGAGGCUGUUGCUGCUGAUGCUGAUCAAUCCCAAAGCUCUGAGAAUGGCCAUGUUGAAGAGAAUUGAAGAUAGAGACUGACAAAUGCAAAGCUUAGGUCCACAGAGAGGAAGAAGAACAAACUUCUUUUGAACGUUUUGGAAGUCUAAUAUGUUGAGUUGAUGAGACUUGUUUGUCUUUUGUUGUGACUGUUAUUACUGUUGAAUGCAGUAUUUAAACAAUUUUGGUAGGCCUUGAUUUAGUUUCACUGGCUUGGUCAACAUGUCUUGUUUGUAGGAGCGUUGCGUCAGAGUUGCCCAUGUUAUUAGAGUUUUUAUUUUUUAUUGUUAAGUUUUGUUUUAUAUUGUGAGCAUGAGUUAAUAUUUAUAAUUGUUUGAAUUGGUGACCAAAUAAAUCAAUGGUUUUUUGUUUGUGCAUUAAA